AUGGAUAAGGACGAAAAGAUUGUCGCAUGCAGUGACAUGCCGGCAGACGUCGAGAUGGGCAGCGGGAACACGGAGGUCAUCUCAUCCAAUGGCCUCAAGCGUGAACUUGGCUCUCGUCACAUUAACAUGAUUGCCGUCGCUGGCAUGAUUGGAACGGGACUCUUUCUUAGCUCUGGCCAAGUCAUCGCAACAGCAGGCCCAGUUGGAGCCCUGUUAGCAUAUACCCUCAUGGGAUUCGUCACCGCGGGCGUUGCAUAUACCACAGGGGAGAUCACGGCGUUUAUGCCAUCGACUGGCGGUUUCGUUCGUCAUGCGACGAAGUUUGUGGAGCCUGCACUUGGUGCUGCAACUGGCUGGAACUUCUGGUAUACCAUGGCUAUCAACAUGCCAGCCGAGAUCAGCGCCGCAGCCACGCUUGUCCAGUUCUGGAACACUUCCAUCAACCCUGGUGUCUGGAUCACCAUCUUUCUUCUCUUCAUCAUCGUCGCCAACCUUUGCGGAGCCAAACUCUACGGCGAGUCCGAAGUCGUCUUCGCAUCCCUCAAGAUCAUGCUCAUAAUCGGUCUUAUCAUUGGUGGACUAGUUAUUGACCUCGGUGGAGCACCGAAUCACGAACGGCUGGGCUUUCGGUACUGGAUCCAUCCAGGAGCCUUCAACACUUAUAUCAAAGACGGUUCGGCUGGACGGUUCCUCGCAUUCUGGAAGGCAAUGCUUCCUGCUGCUUUCAGUUACGGCAAUAUUCAAGUCGUGGCCAUCUCGGGGUCUGAAACGCGUAACCCUCGAAAGCUCAUCCCGGCUGCGACAAAGAAGACCUUCUACCGAAUAUUCUUCUUCUAUUUCUGCAGCAUCUUCAUCGUCGGUCUCAUUGUGCCAUACAACGACCCAGCUCUCGGCGUCUCUACCGGAACCGCCUCACAGUCUCCAUUCGUCAUCGCCUUCCAACGAUCCGGAGUAUCAGUUGUCCCCUCUAUCAUCAACGCUGUCGUAUGUACCUCAGCCAUAAGCAGCGGCUCUGCUUGUAUCUUCAUCGCCUCUCGAACUCUUUUCGGCCUUAGCUGUGAUGGCCAUGCUCCUCAGUUCUUCCAACGUUGCAACAGAUUUGGCACCCCCCACUAUGCGGUUGGUAUGAGCUGCCUAUUGUCUCCCCUCGUGUAUUUGACGGUUGUCAACAACACUUCCGUGGUCUUCGCCUGGUUUGUGAACAUUACGACUGUUGCUGGCCUUAUAGGCUGGGUCGUCAUUCAGGUGACCUAUCUCCGUUUCUUUGCUGGUCUCAAGAAACAGGGGUACAGUAGAAAAGGGUUUGACGUCUUCGUGAAGGGUCGUUUCACUGCCCAGGGAUUCAUCACAUGUUACAUCAACAUAGCCAUCUUUGCUGUGCUUUACACAAUCUUCAAGAUCCGGCUGAGGUCAAAAGUCAUACCAACUUCAAAGAUUGAGCUCAGUGAAGAGUUUCGGUCAAUUCGAGAGGAAAAGCAGCAGGAGGAAGCUAAUCAACAGCAUAAAUAA